GGCCGGCAGGUGCUGGGGGAUUAGCAGCGCUCUCCACCGCUGCCGGAGCCAUUAGUAUUCCUGAGAUGAGGCUUCAUCCCCUUAAUAAAAAGCAAACACAGAAUUGAAAUGCCGAACGCUCCGGGCACCUGGGGAGCUAUGGAGCACAAUGUGCUGCUGAGCAGGGACCCAGGCGUCUGGCGGGGGGGGGGGACCCAGGCAUCCAGGUGGUGCCAAGGACAAAGCCAAGCACGGGGUCGAGAUGCCACAGGCAUCUUCGCUGAGCCCGGUUUGUCCCCCUCCCAGCACCUGAGCAGGCACGAAGCAACCCGAGUCGCCGCCCCCCGAGCACAGCCCCCCCAAACUCGCCGCACGUGUGGCCCCCGCUUGCCAGUACCCAUCUGCUCCGCUGGCAGCCCCCAGCCACGCCAGCCUCAUCUGGCACGGAAGGGCCAGCGCUGAAGCCGUGCCCCGGUGCCCGCACGCACGCUCCGGCAGAACGCGUCCCCUUCAAUUCAUCGUCUCUCCCGCAGCGACUCGAUGCCGGGUUCAAAUUUAGGGGAGGGGUGGCAGAGAAAGCACCAAACCCAGCCGCACGGCGAUGGAGAAGCACCGGCAGGAGCAGGGAUCACGGCACCCAUGCAGCACCGCUCACCUGCGCGGACAUCGGAGCCCCGAGCGUGGCCGUGCCAUGACACCCCGCCGGCACGGGGCUCUCGGCAGAACCCAGCUUUCAUCUCACCGCCUGGCAAACGCAGGUUUGUCGGCAAAACCUACCAGCAAAGGGUUGUGGUGCCCGGCGGCAGCGUGCCGAGGCGCCGUGCCAAAGCGCCUUUGCUCCUCUCUAAUCUGCCUGGCUCACGCGAAUGCCCUGGCGAAGCGUGGCGGCGGCGUGGCCGUGCGUGGCGGGAGGGAGGCACGGCACGGCACGGCGUUCGGCUCGGCUCGCUCAAACCGGGGAUGAAAGGCAGCGUUGCCGCCCUGGAUGCAAUGGGGGAAGAUGCCCUUCGUGUGGCACCGGCCCCGCUUUGCUGGGACCCCCAGUCUCUCCACACCCCCCAAAGCGUCACGGCCACGAGCUGCAGCACAGGGACACAGUUGGGGGUUGAGGGACUCCCCUUCCCGCUUGCACCAGGACCGGGCGGUCCUGGGGGCAUGGGUGUCCCCACGUCCCCUGGUACAACCGGGGGGGCUCCAGCCCCGGCCGCACGCUGCAGCCUCCCUGGGGCUUGCACAGGGCUGACAGCGGGGCAGGACGGCUCCAUCCUCCCCAACCCAUCGCCCACCAAAGCCAACAUCCAUCCCAGCAUCCGUCCUCGGUCCGGAUCCCAGCGGAAAGGCCUGGCCCAGGAGCACAGGGUCAGCCACAGGGGACACCCCAGCCGUCCCAUGUUCCCCCUAAGGCUGGGCGGGUGGCCAUGGGGUGCCACGGGGUGGCCUCGGUCCCCACUGGCACACAGAGCGGGGCACCCGCACACAGUCCUGCCUGGCACAGGAUCCGGCACAAUCCUGCCCAUCUCAGCCCCGCGGAUCAGUCAGGCCAUGCCGUGGACCCAUGGUCUAUCUUUUAAUGUGCUUUUUUUACUUUUUACUAAGAAAAAGACUUAUAAUUGCAGACAUGUCCAUUAAUCGUCACAACUUACUUUGUUCCCUUCCUUCCCUGCUUUUCCCCUC